ACACACACACACACACACACACACACACACACACACACACACACACAUAUAUAAAGACACUGGGAAGCUGUGGUAUUUUCACUCAUCUCUCAGGAAUCAGCUGCAGUCAGGAUGGCCGAGAAAAAGAUGUCGUCGAGCAGGAGGAAUCACCUCAAGAGCUUACUGCUGCAGAUCGGUCAGGCGUUGCUGGCGGAGGAGGCGGAGGAGGCGGAGAAGGAGAAGAUGAAGCACGUGGAGGAGCGCUGCCCCCCCCUCUCCAUCCCGGGAUGCACGCAGGAGCUCCAGUACACACAGGUGUCUGAGUGUCUUCUCUGUCAGAUUGAGGACCUGAAGCUGAAGGUCCAGGACCUGAACGGGAAGUUUAAGAAGCCGGCCCUGAAGAAGGUGCGGAUGUCGGCCGACGCCCUGCUGGCCGCCCUGCUGGGCUCCCAGCACAAAGUCUCCAUGGACCUGAGGGCCAACCUGAAGCAGGUGAAGAAGGAAGUCAAAGAGGAGGAGAAGGCGACCGGCGACUGGAGGAAGAACGUUGAAAACAAAGCUGGGAUGGGCGGCAGGAAGAAGAUGUUCGAGACCGAGAGCUGAACCGCAGCGUGUUGUUCUUCUU